AUGGCGAUGAUGAUGACUGGCCGUGUGCUGCUGGUGUGUGCCCUCUGCGUGCUGUGGUGCGGUACUUCUGGAGCUGCUGCUGAUGGAGAUGUUGUUGUUUCUGGUGGGGACGACAACAGUCUGAAAGAAUUAUUUAUUCCAGUUGCGAGAUUGCAGGAAAGAGAAGAAAAAAGAGCAGCAGGAGCAGCAGAAACAGCAGUCGCAAAAGCAACAGCAGAAGCAGCAGCAAAGGCAAAAGCAGCAGCAACAGAAACAGCAACAGCAGCAACAGCAGCAGCAGAGGCAGCAGCAAAAGCAAAAACAUCAGCAGAAACAGCAGAAACAGCAGCGACAAAAGUAACAGGAGUAGCGGAAGCAGAAGCAAAAGCAGCAGCAGCAUCAGAAGCAGCAAAAGCAGCAGCCAAAAAAGCAACAGCAGCAGCGGAAGCAGCAACAAAGGCAAAAGCAGCAGCAGAAAAAGCAGCAGAAGAAGCAGCAACAGCGGCAGCAGCAGAAACAGUAACAGCAACAGCAGCAGCGGCAGCAGAAGCAGCAACAGCAGCAGCAGCGACACAAGAAGCAGCAACAGAAGCAGCAGAAGCAGCAAAAGCAGCAGCAGCAGCAAAAGGAGCAGCAGAGGAAGCAAAAGAAGCAGCAAAGAAAGCAGCAGAAGAAGCAAAAGCAAAAGCAAAAGAAGCAGCAGAAGCAGAAGCAGAAAAAGCGGCAGCAGCGACACAAGAAGCAGCAAAAGCAACAGCAGCAGCGGAAGCAGCAGCAGCGGCAGCAGCAGUGGCAGCAGCAGAAGCAGCAAAGGCAACAGAAGCAGCAAAAGCAGAAGCAAAGAAAGCAGCAGCAGCGACACAAGAAGCAGCAAAAGCAACAGCAGCAGCAAAAGAAGAAGCCGAAAAAGCAGCAGAAACAGCAGCAGAGGCAGCAGAGGCAGCAGAGGAAGCAGCAGCAGCGGAAUCACUGCGAGGUACAACAGUCGGAGAAGAAGCAAAAACAGCAACACAUGAUCAGGAUAAUUCAGUCGAACACCAUUCUGAAGAAAAACAAGAGCUUCUACAAGAACACGAACCGGAACGACAAGAAAAAGAACAGCAUGAAAAGCAGCAACACCAACAGCGUGAACAUUCCGCAGGAAAUGGCGAAGAAUCCCCGAAAGAAAAAACUGCUAAUGGUACAAAUGCAACUGCAAUUAAGGACGACAGUGACGGCAGCACCGCGGUCUCCCACACCACCUCCUUUCUUCUGCUUCUUCUUGUUGCGUGUGCGGCUGCUGCUGCGGUGGUGGCCGCGUGA